AUGCCUUCUUACCUUAUCACAGGAGCUAGCCGUGGCAUCGGCCUUGCCAUGGUUGCUGCGCUACUCGAGCAGCCUGACACCUUCGUUGUUGCCGCCGCACGCAGCCCGAAGCAGUCCAAAGGCCUCCAGGAGUUGUCUGCGAGAUACAAGGACCGGCUGGCGCUGAUUGUGAUUGACUAUGCCAACUUCGCUAGUAUCGAUGAGGCUGCCAAACAGGCAGCUGCUGUGCUCCCUGAUGGACUUGACUACCUCAUCAGUAAUGCAGGAGCUGCAUUGCAGAGUCCCAUAGGAUUUGAGGACAUCGAUGUGAAUGUUUUCGAAGAGGAACUCCGUAUAAACGCAGUGGCGCCCGUCCAGGUUGUGCGCGCUUUCCUUCCUCUAGUCAAAAGGGGAAAGGAGAAGAAGAUUGUGCUCGUCACGUCUGAGCUUGGCUCGCUCGAGAAGGCUCCCGUUUUCACCACUCUCGCGAUCACUUACUCUGCCACGAAGACCGCGUUGAACAUAAUUGCACGCAGAUGGGCUCCUGUGCUCGCAGAAGAAGGUAUUGCUACGAUUCUUAUUCACCCUGGCUGGGUCGACACGGAUUUGGGCAAUGAGAUCAAUGAGUGGAUCGCAGAUCAUUUCCCUGGGAUGUCGAAGAUAUCGGUCGAUGAAUCUGUAAAAGGGUGCCUGAAGGUGUUCAAGGAUGCUCAGGUUGAGAAGGCCAUCAAGUACUACAACUAUGACGGAACGACGCAACCUUGGUAA